GCUGAAAUAUCUGACAGACCUCAGUGUUAUAUGUGUGUGUGAAUAAGCUCCGUUUGCCUUUUAAUAACAGGGAUAUGUAAUGUCAUUGCUUCAUUCCGGGGAUAUUCUGCGUUCGGUGUGUCACCGAAUGUUUGCUCCAACAUCUAGAAAAACAGCCCUGAGGCUUCUGUGGCGCUGAUGACUCAGACAAAGGGAGGAUUCAUACACAAGAGGUUUAAUGACACAAGUCUGACUACCAGGGUAAAUAACACCAGUCUGGGUGUGAAACAGGUUGCUAAAUGCAAAUUCAGAACCACAGAAAGAGUCUAUACACAUGUGAUCCAGAAGACAAUUCAAAAAGGCCAGAAGAUAACAGAAGGAGAUACCAGCCAAAGUGAGCUGGAAUUUUUAUAUAGGAUCAGGACGUCCUGGUGCAGGGACGCUGCAGUGUCUGAGCUCUGAAGAUGGAAGAUGUUCUCUUGCUUGCAUUUAGAUGAUCAGCAGACAACUUAAGGUUCUUUUUUUAAUGGAAGACAAGGAAUAAAAUCCAGGAAGGGAGAUGCACAGCUGGAGGUGUUAUUUCUCGAGGCUCAUGCGUCUCUCAGUACGCUGGUUCCGCCUGUGUCCCCAUCAGAGACAAGGCAAGCAUUUCCGUUCCAUCCGGCAGCUCUGGAGUUAUCGAAAAGUUCUUUUAAACUCGCUCUACUUCAACAUCCUCACCAACUGGGACACGGUGCUCGACUCGAUUUUUGAACCCAUUUACUGGUUGGUGGACAACCUGACCCGCUGGUUUGGGGUGGUUUUUGUGUGCCUGGUGAUCUCCCUGACCAGUUCUGUCGUGCUCAUCGUCUACCUCUACGUCCUGCCGCUGAUCGUACACACUUACCCGACACACUGGGUCCUCUGGCACCUCUGCUAUGGCCACUGGAAUGUUGUGAAUGUUGUGUUUCACUACUACAGGGCCGUCACCACAUCGCCUGGAAAUUCUCCUCAGGAGAAGGCCGAUUUUCCAACCGUGACGAUCUGUAAGAAGUGCAUUGUUCCCAAACCGGCAAGGACGCACCACUGCAGCAUCUGCAACACGUGUGUCUUAAAAAUGGACCAUCACUGUCCCUGGUUAAAUAACUGUGUGGGCCACUUUAACCACCGCUACUUCUUUUCCUUUUGCCUUUAUAUGACCAUGGGCUGCAUCUACUGUAGCAUCAGCGCCAAAGACAUGUUCUUAGACGCUUACAAUGCUAUCGAGAGCUAUUAUCAGACUCCUCCACCUUAUUUUACUUCCGAGGAGAAGUUUUUCCAUAAGAGCCUCCUUUACCUCUGGGUGCUGACCAGCUCGGUGGCCGUCGCCUUGGGAGGCCUGACCAUCUGGCACGCUGUCCUGAUCACCAGAGGAGAGACGAGUGUGGAGAGACACAUAAACCGUAAAGAGAGGAAACGCCGGAAGCAGAUCGGAAAGGCUUUCAGGAAUCCGUAUCAUCAAGGAGCAAUAAAUAACUGGAAAAUCCUAUUCGGUGUGGAGAAAUCAAGUCACUGGAUAACGCGAGUGCUGCUCCCUUCCAGCCAUCCUCCGCACGGUGACGGGAUAACAUGGGACUGUCCUCCACACAAACACCAGGCCAUGGACACCAUUUAACGUUUUGUUAAUAAACCGGUUUCAAGCCAGCAGAUUUCCGUCGAGCCUGUAUAGAGAUUCGGGGCUUGUUUUUCUUUGCACAUCGUUAACUACAUCCGAGACCUAUGAAAUGUCUGUGAUAUUCUCUUUAUAGUUUUGACUAGUGCAGAUGUGAUUAGUACAGCAGGAUUGAGUUGUUGGAGGCGAUUCACAUGUUGCUUGAAUUGGAUCGAUGCUAGAAACCAGGUGAUUGCCUGCUACAGUGGCCAAUGAGCUGUUUUUAAUAGUUAUUGAUUGAAGGCUAUGAAGGAUUUUUCUCAAACGCCAGGGAACGUCUCAGAAUCACUAAAACUGUUGCAAGAUGACUGGCGGGACAUUUUUUAAAACCUACCAGAACUUUGUCACCAUAGCGAUCCAGCCAUCUCCGUACCACCCUGUCCUUUACUGUCUUUUUCAAACUGACCAUCUGCACGUCUUCCAUCACAACAUCCAUAAACCUGAUCCUCGGCCAUCUUUUUCCUCCAUCCAAGGCAUUUUUUUCUACCGCUUUUUCUACCCCAUGUGCCUCCUUUGCACAUGACCAAACUAUCUCAACCAUCUUAGAAAUGUUCCCUUUCACUCUUGAAGAUACCGUUCUCUCCCAGAUCCCUCCUGCUCCAUCAACUCCACUUUUUUCUUCACUCCUCCAACACACUCCAUCACUUUGCCUAGUUGAACCCCACGGAACCUGUUUUUUUUGGAGACAUCAGACUUUCCCAUGGAGGAAACACGUUCUCGCAUCUCAGCCAUCAAUACCAAGAUGUCGCUUCAAGGCGCCAUCCCUUGUGUGGUUUAAGUGGAGGAAACUUUUAGCAUAUCCUGGACAUAGUUUGCAUGUCUGCAUGGACAGGAAAUCGGGUGGAUUUUAUUCAUACGUACUGUGUUAGAAGUAAGUCCUUGAGCAUCACAUGGGGUUCUGAAAAACCCGUAAAAAAAAUGUCCAACUCAGAAAUUACAUAAGUAAAGCCUACAUCAGUGAAUUAUUCUAUAAGAGGCUUCAUGUAGAACCCUUUUUGACUGAACACUCCGAUGAGGUUCUGGUCGUCGUUCCUGAAUAACAUUUAAAUGUUUUUCUGUUACUCCAAGAAUGUUUAACCAGCAUGAGCUUUCUUUAGAACCCAUUUUAGUUAACUUAAGAAACAUGAGUUAUCCAAGGAAGCAUUGAAGAAACCUUAAAGAACAUUCAAGGAACCGAGGAAGAAUAAUUUUUUUAUUUUUUUUUUAGAGUUUUCUAUUUCAGCUCUGUUUAGAGCGUGUCUCUCUCGGAGUGUCUCCUACAACUAGGGAACUUAGGAAUACGUUUAGUGUUUUUUCUCCCACAGAAAGAAAUACAUGAACAUGCUAAAUUUUUUUUUUUAAAUACAAGUGUCCAGCUAAUGAAAGAUGUAAAUGAUAUCCAUCAUGCUGAGAUGAAACAUUUCAUCAUAGCUUGUUGCUAUGAUGACAACUUCUUCAGGAUGAGCGUCGAAAAACCAAUCUAAUCGUCCCCGAUAAAAUCUUUCUAACUGAGCAAGCCCAAGAACGAAGGCAUAUGGAGGAGUCUCGGAUGUCGGUGACUGACUGGAUGUGCCAAAGCCCUACUCCAAAUUGACUCUGGGUGGAACUUUUGUUUUUGUGCAAUAUUUUAUGCAAAACAUCGCAAUCUUUUGUAUUUUAAUUGAAGAAACAUUUCUGCUUGUGCAUUAGGAUAUUAAGGAAGAUAAAUAACGUGUCCCCGCACAGAUUUUAUAGUAUUUGGUAUAUAGUAUUUUAUUAGUAUUCGAUAAACAUCAUCAUCAAACCGAGAAGAUUCAGAUGAGGAUCAGUGACUUCUGAGACUGAAAUCUGACAGCAUUUUAUUAAACAUCGAAAAAAAAGAAAUAAAGCGGGUCAUUGUGAAUUUAAAUGAUAGAAGAGCUGUGCUCAGUGUAGUCAAGCAGUUUUGUACAUUUCCCACCUUCUUUUCUAUAAUAAAUCACGUUUUCAAGCA